AUGUACCAACAUAUAUACAGAAUGAAUUUAUGUUGCGGAUUUAUCAUAACAAUUUAUCCACUUCUAAUUCUAUCGAACCAAUUUGAGUAUAUUUUGAAGAGAGAAGAAGGCAAAAGGCUGAAUGCGACAUUCAAGAUAGUUCCAUACUGUGGGAUACGCAUGUGCAUAGACAAAUGUCUCCAAAACUCUGGAUGUCGGUCAGUGAACUAUAAUUCGAAGUCUUUGGCGUGCGAGCUGAAUUUUGUGGGCCACAGUUCUUAUCCAUCUCUGUUACAGUCCGCAGUUGAAUUUGAAUAUCUCGAUAUUGCCACAGAGCACUUGGAAGAAAAUUGCAGUGUUCAGAAUGUUGAAUGCGUAGCUUUGCAUACAAGUGAGAAAAAAUGCAUCCGAUCCUCAUCUAAAAUGGUUGCCCCUGAGAACGUUGCAUUGAGUAAAACUGUUUACUCUUCUUCCGUCUACGAAGAAAAUUAUGCAGAUCAUGAUGUAAAGUACAUCGUUGAUGGGAAUUCUGGGAGAGCGUUUGGAAUUUGUGGAUCAACAUAUAUCGAGAUGAAACCAUGGAUACUGAUCGAUCUAGGUCAAGUUUACCAAAUCAGACAGUUGAACGUCGUUGUCUAUAAUUUAGGUUACCCGGACACUACAUGUGCGUUCUAUGACAUCAGAAUUGGUUUGACAACAAACACAAGCGAAAUGACUCUCUGCAAUACAGACAGCCAAUAUGUAUCCAAGAUAGUUGAAUGUCAACAAUGCAUCGUGGGACAAUUUGUCCACUUUCAGUUAAAUAAUAAUGUCAACUGCCACCUUCAUUUCUGUGAAGUUGAGAUAUUUGCGGUAAAGCAUAUGUUGUAGACACAUCGCGAAUCACAUCAUUGUUUGUGGGAGAUCAAUGUUAA